UUACAGGUUGCUGUGGUUGUCUCAUUCUUUGGUCUUUUGUCUGUUUUCGAACAAAAAGUGUAUCGUGAAGCAUACAUUCAAGUUUUGCCAGUCAGUACACGUUACCAGUUAUUAAUUUAGCAAACCUCCUACUACUAUUGAACAAUGAAUAAUAGCAUUGUUGAUAAUAAACUUAAUAUGUCAUUGGAUGAUAUAAUCAAAAAAGAGCGUAGGGUGAAACAGCGACAACAGGGUAAUAGUGUACAAGGGGCAGCAGGGAAACGUAUGGUGGCAAAGCGCAUUAACAAGGGUAAGCGACCAAUCGCUGCGCGUUCAGUUACACGUAGAAACCGCCAGCAAACUGCUGUAAACGGUGGUCUUUCCGCAGCAACUGCGAUGAAAGUUGUCAACAGACUUGUCAAGAAAGCGAUUCGACGACGGGCCAAUCAGUCGCUCAUAAAUCGUGCGGUGACAUUGCGUCGCCGCGCUCUUCGACGGAAUUCUGCUGUGAGACCAGCCGUGGGAGGAAUACGUGCACGUAGACAAGCAGCAGUUGUGGGGUCUCGCCGCCUUCUGGGCCGUUUAUCAGGUGUUAGUCAGCGAUCACGAGUAAUUCGUGGAAAUCUCGGAAGGAGGGCACGUAGACAGCCAAUGGUCUUCACUUCGCCUCAGGUGGUACGCGGUCGAGGAUUAUCACAUAUGGGCCAACUUGCUAGUGAUAGUGAGACAUUCAUGGUUGAACAGCGUGAAAUUACCCGUCCAGUGCUUCAACAAAAGUUCUUACAUCGCGAAGUAAUGGCUGCACAACCACAUCGUGAAGUUAUCAUGCAGCGUCGUGCACGUCCAGUGAUAGUUGAACAGCAGCCCAUAAUUAUUCGUCGUGGUGGAAUACGUAAACGUGCUAUUUUAAAUGAACCAAGUGUUGUCGUUGUAAGAAAUGCGGUACAUUUCUCGAAUUAUUUGUAAGAAGAAAAGAUUUGUCUUCAGACUAUUUUUGGUCAUACUUCGAAAUUUUUUUCGAUCAUAGUGUAAUGUUUUAGCCGCGACAAGUUCAGUUCCGCACACAACCUGGAUUUGGACGUGUUCAGCGUAUCGUCGACAUGCGUCCAAAUAACCGUAUAAUUCGCAAGACGCAGUAUGUCAAUCCAAAUGCAGCGCAGAUGCGUAAAGCUUUGGGAAUUGGUUUACGAAGAUCGGAGCCACAACGUUUCGAAUCGAGCAGCACAUUUCUUCAGCGUAUACCUGCAGCAAAUCGUCGAGGACGUGGUUUUCAGGAUGUAAUUUACAAUUAAUCCAAUUUUUUUCUCUUCUAUUGUAUAUGCGACAGGCCAAUGUCCUGUUAUGCUCAUUUACUUCUUUUUCCAUCAGCAACUCAUUAUUGCAUCAUUUCGAGUUAGUAAUGAAUGAAUCCCUUUACUUUUAUUUAAAGUGCAAUUGGCUGCCGAUUUUGCUAUUCAAUCUCCUAUAAAUCUUGUUGCAAAAUUGUUAGGCAUCUUCCCUUUUGCGGAAACGGAGGGAUAAGUGGGUGCCAUUGUCACUUUGUAUUCGUUAUCUUUACUGUAUUUUGUGAUGAUACCUGCAAUUGAUUUCUAUAAAUAAUAAAAUUUGCACUUCAAAAA